CCCAUUGGCCCUCGCGAGGCCCCGCCCCCGGAGGGCGGAGCCGACCCGCCGCCGCAGAGGAGGCCGCGAGUCCCGCGGAGCGCCCAGGCCGACGGGCGGAGGGCCCGGGCUGCGGCGACCGGCCGGCUGCGGCGGCGCCUGCCUGGAUCCCGGCUGUGCUGGGCACUAAGCGCUAAAUACUGAACGUUGUGCACUAAGAGCUGAGCGCGGAACGCUGAAUGCCGAGCACUAAGCACUGAGUGCUGAACACUGAAUGCUAAGCACUGAGCCCCACAGGCUUCCCACCCCAGCUCACCAUGUCCAUCAUGGACCACAGUCCCACCACUGGCGUGGCCACGGUGCUGGUCAUCCUCAUCGCUGUGGCAGCGCUGGGUGCACUGAUCCUGGGCUGCUGGUGCUACCUGCGGCUGCAGCGCCUCAGCCAGCCCGAGGACGAGGAGAGCAUCGUGGGUGACGGUGACACCAAGGAGCCCUUCCUGCUGGUGCAGUACUCCGCCCGGGGGCCCUGCGAGCGCAAGGCCAGACUGGCUGGCCCCGAGCCACACGGCUGAGCAGGCAACGGCUCCUGGGGGGGUUGUCUGCUGUCACCCCUGCCCACCAUGGGGGGGGGGGGAUGCCUGAGCCAGCAGGCGCUUUGUUACUUGAAUGUGGAGCUGAGCCUGUGGACUAAGCCCCCUCACUAUGCAGCCCUGCAUGCACUGAAGCCUCCCCCAUGUUCCUUCUGAGUGACUGAGCAUACAGCACCCACUGAGCUGAGGUGCCUGGGGAGGGCCAGCUCUCCUGCCCAGCUGGCAUGGACUGGAGGAGCCCCCAGGCCACACUGGGAGGCUGCUGCCCGGAGCCUGUGAGGGACAAGUGUCCCGAGGCUGCAGGUGGCCAGUGCAGACCCUUGUCCUGUGCCAGGGUCUACCUGCCCCUGUUGUGUCUCCCUGUGGGUGUGGCUUUGUGCUUCUUUUCACUAUUUGCUGUGGGAGGUUGGGAGGGAGUUGGAGACACCCCCCCCCACACACACACACAGGGUACUAUGAGGCCCCUUGUGCUGUGACCCUGUAACUGCAUCCUUGCCAGGAGCCCAGGCUGGGGUGAGAUGAGGCCCGGGGCCUAGCACCCUGAACCUGCAGCUCUCUACCCCACCUCCCAGUCCUGCUGCUCACUGGGUGACCUGGGUUCUCGGUGGGGAGUACCCAGCAUGAAUUGGGAGCUCCCAGGUGGCUCCAAGGCCACCCGCCUUUAGUCCCCCAAAGCUUGGAGGCAGCUCUCCAACCUUCUGAGAAGUAUGUUGAGCUAAUCCACCUAGAACUCCAAGGGGACUAGUGUCAUCCAACUGCAGGGGUGGGGUGAGAUCAAGGACCCUGAGGAGCAGUGGGGCCUGGUGGGGUAGGCGCUCUUGUGGCCCUCACUGUCCCUAAUCCCAAAGGCAGCUUCUCCUUUUUUUUUUUUUAAACCAGAGCACUGCUCAGCUCUGAGCUUAUGGUGGUACAAAGGACUGAACCUGGGACUUUGGAGCCUCAGGCAUGAGAGUCUCUGCACAACCAUUGUGGUAUCUGCCCCCGCCCAGCAGCUUCUUUUCCAAUGAAGGAUGCUGGGGAAUGAUCUGGGGGUGGCAGGCUGUCUGACCGUCCCUGCCCACUGCAGUGUCCCUGAGCUUUCUACCUCUAUGGCGUGGCGAGCAGCCGGCCUCCUUGCCCAAGGGACGCGGGGUAGCAGUCUGAGGGGUGGGGGAGACACCAGAGGGGCCUUGUGGUGGGGAGUGAAGAUGCCUGUGGACAAGCAGAGCCCCACGCUUGCUGCCCCUGUGCUCAUCUGUCCAGAGCUGCUCCAUUUUGCAUCCCCGCCAGAGCCACACCGAGGGCUCAGCAGAUCACGGUUUGCUGUCCUGUCACCCACGGGUCACCACAGAAACAAUAUUGGACGUGAGGUGCGGUACUCUGGACACUGGGCCACUAGGAGCCAGACCCAGCUAGAAGAGCCCUGGGGAGGUCAGCUGCUGGCAGCCCUGAAAAAUAGUGCUGGGGCCGGGGUGCCCUGGCCAGUAGGCAGGUGACAUUAGAGCUGAGAAAAUCUUUAUUUACAGUAAAUUUCAAUAAAAUUUGCAUAAAUAUC